AAAUAUUCGUCUAGCACGGAUUUUAGCAUGGUGUGGGGAACUGGUGUGUAAUUUAGUGAAACGUAUGUACGUUCUAAUCUGAUACGAUUUUAAACAUUCUUUAAAAACACAGAUGCAAGCUGCUGGUCUCAUGAUUGACGAUAUUCAAGACAAAUCAGUACUUCAUCGAGGACAACCAUGUUGGUAUCUAAACGAUAAUGUAGGGUUGUCGGUAAUAACUGAUGCUCUAAAAUUGAAAAAUUCUGUAUAUUAUAUACUACAAAAGUAUUUCAAAGGGAAAACCUGCUAUGUUAAUCUACUAGAAACAUUCCAUAAUAUCAUAUUAAAAACAUUAGAUGGCCAAAUAUUAGAUCUACAGUUGUCUAAAAAUUUUAGCAAGAAGCUAAAUCUGAACUUAUUCACAAUGGAUCAAUACAAGUGUAUUGUCAGGAACAAAACGUCGUAUUAUUCAUUUGUUUGUCCAGUAUUCCUAGCAAUGAAUUUAGCUGGAAUAAAAGACCCAGAAAAGUUUAAGCAAGCAGAAACGAUUUUAUUGGAAAUUGGACAUUUAUUCCAAGUCCAAGAUGACUUUUUGGAUUUCUUUGGAGAUUCAGAAGCCAUUGGCAAAGAUAGCACUGAUAUACAGCAAGGAAAAUGUACGUGGUUUAUCGUAAUGGCUCUUCAACGCGCGACUCCGGAACAGCGUGAAAUUUUAGAAGUGAGUACCAUUGGUUUAAUGCACUAUUUCAUCACUCUGUUAUAUAAAUUCUUUUCUUUCUUUACGCAGCAGUGUUACGGAUUUUCGGAUCCGGAAAAGGUUAAAUGCGUGAAACAACUGUUUAACGAUUUAGAUUUACAUAAAGUAUGUAUAUCGUACACAGAACAGGCAUUUAAUCUAUUACGUGAACGUAUACAGGAAAUGUCAUGUGGGCUCCCGCAUUGUUUUUUCUUGGACAUAUUAAACAUACUUUAUCGCAGAAGAUCAUAAAACAAUCGUGUAUAUUAAAGAAAGAGAAAAAUAUGUUAAUAUUUUAUCAAUGUAUAUUUUAUAUAUACAUAUACAAUAUAGAUACUUAUGGAAAAUAUAAGCAAAAUGACUGAUAUAUCAAAUAAAUUACGAAGAAAAAUAAGCAUAAAGUUUCAGUUCUUGAAAAUCUACUUUGCAGAUUCGUUUCUUAUUUGCUUCUCGAUCAUUGUAAGAGAAUACAUGUAUACGUUCAACAAUCAGUAUUAUAAAUUGAACGAAAUUCUGUUAAGAUUUCUUGGCUUAUGGCCUUUUGAAAAAACUGAUGGUGAACGUUUCCGUGCAAUAUGCUUUUACAUAUUACUCAUUUCUUACGUGAUUGCACAGGUAAUUUUAUAUUUUUCUGUCUUCUUUCUCUACUAAUUAUAAGUUUGAUAAAGAUAUUAAAAAUUUGAAAUGACUUGUUAACUGUUUCGAAAUUUAUGUACGUUGGUAUUUUAAAAAUUAUUUUAAGAACUCUUUAAGAAAAAUUUAUAAUUGUAUGU